ACAGAACAUGUAAGAGAACUGUUCAAAGACUUGCAGACAAAGUGAGGCAAGAUGCCUAUCACCAAAAUACCAAUAGUUCACAAGUUUGGGAUUAUAUCCCACACACAGAGGCUUGAGUUACAGGAAAGAUUACUGAAACAGUCCUACAUACAGACCCUAAAAAGCCAGAAAGUUCUUGUACCAACAAGAAAUCCAUUGGAAGUAUCUGAAGAUUUUGUACAGGAAUACAACAAUGCUAAAGACUUUGAUGAGAAAGAAAAAUUGGAGCAAUCUGCUCAAAAGAUGCUGGAACGAUCCAAGAGAAGGGCUGGUUUGAAGGAUGGAGGUGUGGGCAAACAUGUAAAUCUUCCUAUGGCAUGGACAGAACUUGCCCAGCUAGCUCAGUGUAGAGGUAAAAUCCAGGAAGAAUGUUUGGAUGUUUUGAUUAUCUCCCUUGAUCAAUCUCCGUUAGAGAAGUACCAUAUACCAGCACUGUUCUUCCUAGCGGAGACCAUGUUAUACUGGUUACGUACAGAUGCUGUCCAUCAACCUUACCUCAGAACUGGUGAAAUCAAACUUUUAAAGAUGGGCCAGCUGGUAUUUUCCCGCCUUUUUUACCAUCACAUGGCAGGUCAAUUGUCUGGACAGAAGGACUUUAAAAACAGAUUAUUCACAUACCUAGAUGGACUACAGGAGUGUCAGGAGGCGUACAGUCCCUAUCCAAAUGCUCUCCUCUCUCUGAGGUUUAUCAUCACAGUGGGUAAAAUCAUCAUGUCAGAUACCCAGCUUGAACCUGGAGAAAUCAAAGAAGGGGACAAUGUCCGUAAAUCUGCUCUCAGCAGACCAAGCGCUAAGAGUACAGAUACUGGUAAGAGAACCACUGCCCACUCGAAGGACUUGACAACUCACACUGCCCACAGUGUGGCAAUAAGUAGUAGUGUUCAUGACCUCAGCCCCACCCUGUGGCACGCCCUGGAUGUAUGGAGGUGUACAAAUCAUCUAAGUGGGGGCCUCACAGAAGCCCUGAAAGCCCUGAGUCAUUGUGGUAUGGGGCUUGUAAAUGAAAGCUGGGUGGACAGUAUGAUAGCUCUCCAGAUCCUGGCAGAAGCCUCCAAAUCCAGCCUCAUGGCCCUCAGGGCCCUCCAUAAUCUUGCCCGAGGGUACAGACCAGGGGACAAGGUGAAAUCUCCACCAGUUUCUAGCCGGUCAGAAAGUUCAGAACAAAAAUUGAAGCAGAGUACAUCUGCCACUGAAUCAACGAAGAAAACAUUAAGAUUUGAGAGUUACAGUUAUUCAAGUGAUGAGACAAGCCCAAAGGAUCGUGAAUCUCGUGCUAGUGUAGCAAGCUCCAAACCAACGUUGAGUGAUAUCUACGAGAGGAGUGAGGAAGGGGACUCGGAGAAAAUGAAAACAUCAGCAACAGGUUCUGCAAAGACAAAGAGUGGAAAUACGUCAGCAAAGGAUACAGACCUCAGUGAAGCAUCACCUUCAUAUGUUGAAUCCCCUUCGAAGAAGGAUGAACCUAAUGUUAAAGAAAUGGUAUCUCCAACUGGUCCAGGAACUUUAAAAAGAGAGGUAUCAUUUGAUACUGGAGUGCCUGUGAAAGAUGAGGAUAUAAAAUCACCUGUCAGAAAAAUGUCUCCAAAAUCAACACCAGGGACAAGGGCCAUGACUCAAGGGUCACGGACAACUGCAGGAACUGGGGAGAGUAUGUUUCCACCAGGGACUGGGUACCAGGCUGAAGCUGGUACCACUUUACCAAGUGGUCGAGCAUCAGAGGCCAGCACCGUUCAAACUUAUACUAAUGCUGCAAGUACAGACUUACCUGGUAUCAAUGGUUGGCAUUGGGAAGUGGCUAUAACAUAUACAGAUGUACUGGCAGAUAUUUGUCUGCAUGGAGGGAGUGCAGAGAUCCAGAAACUGGCUCUGAUGGGAACCAACCAGGAUGUUGCUGACCCUUUUAAGAGAGGCUACAAUAACCUACCUCUACACAGUGCAGGGUUACUUGACUUGGCCUUCUUUAAGGCAGUCAGUGAAGCUCGGGAUGGAGGUCCGAACGAUUGGAGUUGGCGUAUAAGAUUUGGUGCUGUUCAAUCUAUGGUGAAAAUAUGUCGUUGUUUGGCUAAUGAUAAAAACAAGGAGGGUAUUAGAACAGCUGCCUGGAAUGUCUUACUGCGGGCACACUCCAUGGAGAAAGAUGAACGUGUAUUAGAGGCCCUCAAAGUUGGACAGGUACAUACCGACAUUGAAGGAUUUCUGAACAAACAGUUGGUGUGUAAUCCUUACACAUUAGGCUCAAAAGUAGCUGCCGGACUGUCUGUGAUUUAUCUACCCCCUCUCCCUCCCCCUGUUGACCCGUAUGUGUCCCCUAAGAGGAGGGAGUUAACACCAUCACCUAACAAGGCAACAACGACUUCCCAGGAGUCAAUGCCUCAAGUGAAAGAGAAACAUAAAGCAAGAACAUCAUUAAAGGAGGAAAUAAUGCUGGCAACAGCUCUGUAUGAACCAUCACCUUCCUUCAAUACAAGAACAAGUUUUGACUUGAGAAGAAUUGUAGAAGAUCAGUGGAGAAAGGACCUUCAGAAACAGAUGGAAGAAGAAGAAGCUGAGAGACAAAAAGCUUUAAAAGAGAGACAAAAAGAGGAAGAAGAAUUUCAGAGACAGAUUGAAGAAAAAAGACAACAGAAAUUCAGCAAAUCAUAAACAUUGAAAUAGUGGAAAUAGUGGUUUAUUUUUUAUAACUUUAUUUGCCAGAGAUAUUUCAUAAGCUAGCAUCAGUUUAAAGAAGUAUUUAGAAAAAUGCCUUUUUUGCUUGAUUUUUGCAUGGCAAGAAAGGUUCUAAAUAAAUUCACAAUUUUAAUUGAAAAUUAAGAUUUUCUGGAAGGAAAGUACCUUGGGGGUCUUUUUGAAAAAAAAGGGGCUGACACUAAGAAUACUUGUUUCUAGACAAUUGGAAUGGAUCAUUGAUUAUUGCUGCUAGUAUUCAAAGGUUUUAAUAGUGUCAUCUAAGACAUUCAUUUGACUGAUUUAUCCAAAGACAGAAUGGCUGAAUAUUAUAUAUAAAAGAAAAAUAUUAUGCUG